CGCUCGCGCGCAUGACGUUACCCAGCAUUCUGUGGGCGCGCUGGCAGGGACCGACAGCACAUCAAGGAAGAAGAUGCGGGUCGACUCUGACAUGGAUUACAAGGUUGUGUUCGCAGCCUUGGAGACGGUGUGCGAAGACAACAUUUCUGCUUUGUGUGGGCCUUCUGAUUUGCCGUACGGCAGUGUUGCACAGCGUCUAGUCACGUGUAUGAGACAGAUUCAGGAGCAUGGCCGAGCCCUGGAGCCUUUGGUCGCCAGCUUCACCGCCGUCUACCAUCAUUACGACUUUGAUGAGCAAACGCCUGGAAAUGGUUACCGCACCCUGGUCAAGGUCUUGCAGUCUUGCCUUUUGCACAUCAUUCAAAAGGGCCGAUACAUUGCCUCAAAUUACAACGGUGCCUUCUUCAGGGCAGACCACAAUGCCUCGGAGAUGGAGGCGUACUGCAGUGCCCUGUGCCAGCUGCGAGCCCUGCUCUACCUCGCAAAGCAGCUGAUCAACGACAAUGACCACGGCCAGCUGUACUCCCUGCAGGACGGGGACCUGAGCCGCAAGUUUGUGCAGGAGUACAGCUCCAUGCACAAAGCCUGUUUCUAUGGCCGCUGUCUGGGCUUUCAGUUCUCGCCAACUCUUCGUCCGUUCCUCCAGACCGUUGUAAUAAGCAUGGUUUCAUAUGGAGAGACGUACGGUAAACAGCAGUCUGGGUUGGGUAUGGCAGCACUUUCUCUCCUCACAUCAGGGAAGUACGUCAUUGAUCCAGAGUUGCGGGGGGCCGAGUUCGAACGCAUCACUCAGAACCUGGACUUGCAGUUUUGGAAGUCCUUCUGGAACCUCACAGAGUCCGGGCUUAUAACAGGCUUCAGCAGAAUAGCCUCUAGUCCAGUGAAGGUGAACUUAACCCUGACUUUGCCCCCUGUCGCUCUUCGCCUCCCCCUGGCCUCAGACCCCAGUCUGUCUGCCACUGUGUCACCUCCACUUGCCCACUGGGGCCCCGGACCAGUCCACAUGCGUCUGAUCUCCUAUGAGCUUCGAGAAGGACAGGACAGUGAGGAGCUGCGAGCUUUUUCACGAACAGAUCCUCCUCCCAUCACUGCAUCGCAGCUCCCCUGGGUACAGAAGCAGCCUCGCUCCCCCUGGCUGCUCAUACACUUCCAUGGAGGGGGGUUUGUGGCCCAGACAUCCAGAUCCCAUGAGAAUUAUCUUCGAAGCUGGUCUAAGGAGCUGAACGUCCCCGUCCUCUCCGUGGACUACUCUCUGUCACCCGAAGCGCCCUUUCCUAGAGCUCUUGAGGAAUGUUUCUACGCCUACUGCUGGGCCCUGAAAAACUGUCAUCUGCUGGGCUCGACAGCAGAGCGAGUUUGUCUGGCGGGAGACAGCGCCGGAGGCAACCUCUGCAUCACCGUUUCCAUGAAGGCCAUAUCCAGCGGCAUCCGAGUCCCUGACGGCAUCAUGGCUGCGUACCCCGCCACCUUGCUCACCACCGAUGCCUCCCCCUCCCGCCUGCUCACACUCAUUGACCCGCUGUUGCCUUUAGGUGUUCUCACUAAAUGCCUCAAUGCCUAUGCAGGCGCAGAGUCUCAGACGGUGCAGCCUGCAGUGGCGAGCGGCAGUCUAAGCGCUCUGGGCAGAGACACCGCCAUGCUGCUCAGUGAUCUCACCCAGGGAGCCUCCAACUGGAUCCAGUCCUUUCUUGACCCCAUGCGGCCUACAGGUGGAGUGCGCUCUCCGUCGUCAGCGCAUAGAACGUCCCCGAGUAACAACACCCACAGGACGUUCAGCCACACCUCCCCACCGAACUCCGGGGCUCACAUGGAUUACCCACAGGGCUUUGAGCCCCUACGCUCUGAGUGCCUGGCUGUUGUCCGCCCGACGUCCUGCCCCAUUACCAGGAACCCAUUUGUGUCACCCCUGCUGGCUCCUAACAACAUGCUGAGAGGCCUGCCACCUGUACAUAUAGUGGCCUCUGCUCUGGAUGCCUUGCUGGAUGACUCUGUGAUGUUUGCCAAGAAGUUGCGAGACAUGGGCCAACCCGUGAGUCUGUCGGUGGUGGAGGACCUCCCACACGGCUUCCUCAGCCUGUCACAGCUCUCCAAGGAGACGGACGUCGCUGCGGAAAUCUGUGUGGAGCGAAUGAGGGAGGUUUUUCAGCAAGAAAACCCGACGCCUGCUCUUCAUAAACGGCCAAAGCGGGAAGAGACUUACCACUAGUGCUGAUCUGUCAGGCUGAUUUAGUCUGUCAUUCAGGGGACUUUUGUUGUUUUGGAAUGAAGAAGAGAUUCGAAAUAAUGCGGUGAGACAAAUGCAAUAAAUUUAAGAAGGGCUUACAUAUUAUGGAGAAUUAUGAAGAUGAUGCAAUAACUGUAAAACUAGAGGAAACUUUUGGAUAACGCACUUUAAACUUAUACCGCACAACAUUUUCUCCAGUCAAUGAUGACUGAGAAAGCCACUAAAAAAGUGUAAUAUAUUGUUCUAUAACCAGCUUUAAUAUGAUCCUGAAUAAUAACAAAAAACGAAAUAAGUGUUUUAAUACAAUUUACAUGUUCAAGAUCCAUAUCAAAAGCACACUGAGAAUAUUACAGACUGACAGAAACUAAAAGCUGAGGAAAAGUUCUCGCAGUAAUUUCUUACUGAACAGCUGUUGUGCCUUGAUGUAUGAUGAAAAGCUACAUCACCUAACUGACCUAACUGGUUAAAGGUUUACUUGUACAAGAAACACAUUCCAGAUGCACUGUUUUAUUAUUAUGUUUUGAUUUUGUCACGUGUUUACAACAUAUUAUUAAUAAGGAGGCCUUGAUCUUGUAUUUACCAGCAGUAUGUGGAUGAGUGUUGAAAGUAACUUGUUAUAAUGUUUCUUAAUAUAAAUAUUUAACACUAUGUUGUAAUAUUUAAAGCUUGUAUUAAAUCAAAAAUGCAAAGA